GGAGUUGUUUGAAAACGUGCGCCUCUACAAGUGCAUUGAUCGAUCCACUCCACUCCAGAUUUUAGGGUUCCUCGCGCGAGAAGAGAGAGAGAGAGGGGAGGAGCGCAGCUCGAUCGGCAAAGGGAGGGGAUCGCUCACAAGCGCAUUGGAUUUUGCUGCUCAAUGCCGGGGAGAGAGAGGGAGGGAGAGUCCGUGCCGUGAGGAUUAGGGUUUAGGGAUUUGUGUAGAGCACUGUAGCGCACUGCUGCUCCUUCUCCGUUUUCUCUUCCUUCCCCGUGUCGUAUUGUCGCGUUCCUCGCCUUCGUUCUUCGCGGCGCCACUGUAGCUGUGCGAAAUUCAGCGUUUCUGACCACGGCUCCUUACUAUUCCAGAAUUGCCGUUGUCUCUUCUGGGGCGGCUGCUGGAAUCCAGUGCUGUUUGACACGCAAUUUUGGGAAUUUUUUCUCCUCCCAUCCUCGUUUCCCCCCCAUUUUUUUUUUCUCGUUCUUUGGGUGCUUCUCUGGGUUCUAAACCGAAGAUCUAUGGCGGCAAUGCUGGAGCUCCAAGCAGCGAAUUUGUGACAGGGACAUCAUUUCGUCCAUGAUUGGCAUGCGAGCCCGAGAGUAAGCAUUGCUCUAGCUCUUUUCUAUCGAAUCAAUCUCGAGAGCCAGCACGAAAAAGAAGAUCUUGCAGAGGCAAUUAAGUUCGCAUGCCAAAUUUCCAGCGCAGCCACCGAAUCUGACGACUAAACUCUCUCCCCCGCUCGAUGCCGCCGACGAGCUUCGACUUCGCGGAUUGGUGGUCCAAGCAAGAUCACAGGGGAACUCCGGUGGUGGUGAAGAUGGACAAUCCAAACUGGUCGAUGCUGGAGAUCGAGAGCCCGGGCAGUGGCGGCGCCACUACGUUUGACAAGAAGGGCAGGGGAAAGAAUGCCAAGCAGCUAACUUGGGUGCUUCUCCUCAAAGCCCAUCGCGCCGCUGGAUGCCUGGCAUGGCUCGCCCACGGCCUGUGGCUUCUUCUCAGUGCUGUGAAGAAGAGGCUCGUCCAGAAACAAGGGGUCGCCAACCCGGAGAAGUCGAACACUCACAGGGGGAAACUUCACAGGUUCAUCAAGGGGUUUCUGGCAUUCGCGCUGGUGAUGCUGGGAUUCGAGCUCAUUGCUCACACUUCCGGAUGGACGCCCCGGCUGCGCAUGCCAUCCUCGUCUUCUUUGAGCUUGCACAGCAUGCUCCAGGCGGUGUACGUGUUUUGGGUCCAGUUGCGAGCAAACUACAUUGCUCCUCCGCUCCAGACGCUGGCGAAUUUUUGCAUCGUGCUGUUCUUGAUCCAGAGCGCUGACAGGAUCAUACUCUGCGUCGGGUGUUUGUGGAUCAAGUAUAGGAGGAUCAAAGUGGUGGCGAAUCCGGCGACUUUGGAGUCACAGGAUUUGGAGCAGCCGGGUGUUGGGUUUCCCAUGGUGCUGGUUCAGGUUCCUAUGUGCAACGAGCGAGAGGUGUAUGAGCAGUCAGUGUCGGCGAUUUGUCAGCUUGAUUGGCCCAAGGAUCGAUUGCUAAUUCAAGUGUUGGAUGACUCUGACGAGCCGGAUAUCCAGCUGCUUAUUCAAGGGGAAGUACAGAAGUGGCGUCAAAAGGGAGUGAACAUUGUUUACAGGCAUCGCUUGGUUCGCAGUGGCUACAAAGCUGGCAAUUUAAAGUCUGCUAUGGCCUGUGAUUACGUGAAAGACUACGAGUUUGUGGCGAUUUUCGACGCAGAUUUCCAGCCUAAGCCCGAUUUCCUGAAAGUGACUGUUCCACAUCUCAAGGAAGAUCCCGAGCUGGCACUGGUUCAGGCACGGUGGUCUUUCACGAACAAGGAUGAAAACCUCCUCACUCGUCUCCAGAACGUCAAUCUGUCGUUCCACUUCGAGGUGGAGCAACAGGUGAAUGGAGUUUUCCUCAGCUUCUUUGGUUUCAAUGGAACAGCUGGGGUCUGGCGAAUUAAGGCACUUGAAGAGUCUGGUGGCUGGCUAGAGAGGACAACAGUCGAGGACAUGGACAUCGCUGUCCGCGCGCAUUUACAAGGCUGGAAGUUCCUCUUUGUAAACGAUGUUCGGUGCCUCUGCGAGCUACCAGAGUCCUACGAGGCGUAUAGGAAGCAGCAGCACCGAUGGCACUCGGGACCAAUGCAGCUCUUCCGCCUCUGCAUGCCUGAUAUCGUCACUGCAAAGAUUCCCCUCUGGAAAAAAGGCAACUUGAUCUUCCUCUUCUUCUUGCUGAGAAAGCUCAUACUGCCGUUCUACUCGUUUACGCUCUUCUGCAUCAUCCUGCCGAUGACGAUGUUCGUGCCGGAGUCGCACCUGCCAGUGUGGGUGAUCUGCUACGUCCCGGCCGUCAUGUCCUUCCUCAACGUCCUCCCGGCACCCAGAUCAUUCCCGUUCUUGGUACCGUACCUCCUGUUCGAGAACACCAUGUCGGUGACGAAGUUUAACGCCAUGAUCUCCGGCCUCUUCCAACUCGGCAGCGCGUACGAAUGGGUGGUGACGAAGAAAACAGGCAGAGCGUCCGAGGCGGACUUGCUGGCGGCCAUAUCUCGGGACUCUGCGGAAGUCCUUCCCAAGCAGCAGCAACACCUGCGAGUGGUGUCCGAGUCGGGCUUGGAUCUUCUGGCCAAGCUCCAGGACAAGCCCAAGAAGGCAGGCAAGAAAGGGAAUCGAUUGUACAGGAAGGAGUUGACGCUCGCAUUUCUACUGCUCACCGCGGCUGCAAGGAGCUUGCUCUCUGCUCAAGGGGUACACUUUUAUUUUUUGCUGUUCCAAGGGAUUUCGUUCCUUGUUAUCGGGCUGGAUUUGAUCGGAGAGCAAGUGAGCUGAUGGUCUGUCUAUGUUGACAUGAGUUUUUGCAAAGUCCCAUUUUUUUUUUCUUUUUUUCUUUUUAAAAGCCUCAUUCAGAAUAUAAUUUCUGGUCACGAUUUCUAGCAA